CGGCCAGUACAUCGUAGGUGCGGUCCGCGCGGGGCUGACAUCCGCUCCCGCGCCGCCGGACCAAAGCGAGCCAAUGGCUUUGGAGCUUUCGGGCACGUGAGGGUGGGCGGGUCCUCUGCCGGAAGGGGCGCGGCGAGGCCUUCAGCUGUCGCGGGAUUCUUGGUUGAACCCCACCUUGGCCUUAUCCUAACCUGCAUUCCCGACCCUGCUCACCUACUAUGUGCUCGGUGCUGUCACCUUUGAUCAUCCUGCUUCAUAGUGCUGCACCUGCUCUUCAGGUGGCUCAGUCUCAAAAACAUCCUCAGCUCCUCUUGCCAUCUACAGCCAUUAGAGAGGCUGUCCUGUGAAAUAUAUGGAUCAAAAACUUUCACAGCUGAUAGAAGAGCUCACAACUUCAGGAGAACCCCAACUGAAUCCUGAGAAAAUGAAGGAACUGAAGAAAAUUUGCAAGUCUUCGGAGGAACAGCUUAGCCAUGCCUAUCGCCUGCUCAUGACCCAGCUGAACCAGGAGCACGCCGAGAUCCGCCUCUCAGCUUUCCAGAUUGUGGAUGAGCUCUUUGCCAGGUCUCACCAGUUCAGGAUGCUGGUCAUUUCUGACUUCCAGGAGUUCCUGGAGCUCACGCUGGGCACAGAUCAUGGGCAGCCCCUGCCACCCCCAAGGGAGGUGGCCCAGAGGCUGAAGCAGGCGGCCAUCCAGGCAGUUGAAGGGUGGAAUGAGAAGUUUGGAGAGGCAUAUAAGAAGCUCGCCUUGGGCUACCACUUCUUACGGCACAACAAAAAGGUGGAUUUUCAAGAUGUUAAUGCUAGGACUCUGGCAGAAAGAAAGAGAGAAGAAGAGAAGCAGAAGCACUUGAAUAAAAUCUACCAGGAAAGAGCCAAGCAGGCUGAGAAGGAGAUGGAAGAAAUGUCUGAAGAAAUUGAAUCCUGCUUAACAGAAGUGGAGAACUGCUUUAGGCUGCUGGUGCCAUUUGAUUUUGGCCCGAGCGUGGAGGCCGAAUUCCUUGACAUGGCUCCUGGCAAGUCCAGUGAGGGUGUUCCUUGCUCCUCAAGCCCAGGCUGGCCAGCCCAUCACCAGUCUGGCUUGCCUGAGCCUCAGGACGAGGAACAGCCAUGCUGCAGCAGGGACCUCCCUACCUCGGCACAGUACCCAGGAGCUGCCAGAGGUGGGGCGUCGCCACCUCAGACGGCUGUGGAGAGCUCCUCAGAAGACGAGGACGAGGACAGCAACCAGGAGGAGUUUGUGCGGAGACAUGGCCUGGGUUCACACAAGUACACGCUGGAUGUGGAGCUCUCCUCAGAUGCCCUGAAAGUGCAGGAGAACGAGGACAACCUGGCCAUCGUCCACGCAGUCCGCGAUGCACUCAAGCUUGUCCGGAAUAAGUACCUACCAGCCGUGUGCUCCUGGGUCCAGCGGUUCACCCGCACAGGGACCCACGGUGGACACCUGAAGCAUGCCAUCGAUCUGAAGGUGAAACUAGAGCUUGCUCUGAAGAAAUACAAGGAGCUUGACCUGGAGCCUGAAGGAGGUCACAGGACAGAAGCCCUGGCGGAUGGGGAGGACGAAGACGAUGAGGACUUUGUAGAAGUCCCAGAGAAGGAGGGGUAUGAGGCCCACAUCCCCGACCACCUGCGGCCAGAGUAUGGGCUGGAGCCAGAGACCCAACAGCAGACCGUAGAGAAAGACACAGCUUCACAGAGCUUGCAGGCGAAGAAAAGGAUGAAAAGGGAUGAGGAGGCAUUGGAUCCCACCUCUGCGGCCGCCCAACUGGAAUGGCUCCGCAAACACGUGCACCCACCACCAUCUGCCAGCUCCUCCAAGGCACCGCUGGAACCAGCGGAGGCCCAGAAGCUGGCAGCAGAACGGGCCCGGGCACCCAUCAUCCCCUUUGGAGUGGACUUGUGCUACUGGGGCCAGGAGCAGCCAGUGGCCGGGAAGAUUCUCAAAUCUGACUCCCAGCACCGCUUCUGGAAGCCCAGUGAGGUGGAAGAGGAAGUGGAUAAUGCAGAUGUCUCUGAGAUGCUCCGGAGCCGCCACAUCACCUUUGCGGGGAAGUUCGAGCCUGUGCAGCACCGGUGCCGUGCCCGAAGGCCCGAUGGCCGGCUCUGUGAGCGCCAAGACCGGUUGAAGUGCCCCUUCCAUGGGAAGAUCAUCCCAAGGGAUGACGAGGGACGGCCCCUUAAUCCGGAGGACAAGGCACGGGAGCAGAUGCAACAGCUGCAGGGGCGCCCUGACUGGCAGGAUCCCGAGUUUCUGAAAGACGUGGAGGCAGCCACCGGGCAGGACCUCGGCUCGUCCAGGUACAGCGGCAAAGGCAAAGGGAAGAAGAAGAAGAAGAAGUACCCCAACCUCACAGACCUGAGGCAGCAGGCCAACACCUCCCGGGCGCGUAUUGGGAAGAAGGUCUUCGCCAAGACUGCUGUACGGAGGGUGAUCACAGCCAUGAACCGGAUGGACCAGAAGAAGCAUGAGAAGUUCUCAAACCAGUUUAACUAUGCGCUGAACUAGGGGCUGGGUCAGGUUAAAUCCUCAGAGCUGGAAUUGCUAGCCAACGUGUCUGUGCAGUUAUAAUGCCGACAGCCAUCGCAGAGUUGCUCUUCAUAAAACCAGUAUCCAUUUGCUUUCCCACCCGCAAUAUGUGAAAACACUU